AGUCUGACGCGCCAAGCCAAACGACGCUCCAGCUAUGAAUUAUCAGUAUGUCUAAAUUUGUAAUGCCACAAAUUAUCUGGCCAAGUUUUUCUGAGAGUUACACUUACUGCUGUUGUCCGUGUACAUAUGGUAGAGGAAAUGACAGAGAUGAUGGCCAUUCAAACGCUGGCGAGGAAACUGAUGAAGAACCGAAGAAGUACAUUCCUCACAACUCUGUGAAACUGCAGACGAACUAUGUGCCCCAAACAGCAUCUUCACCAGGUGAUUGUUUGGGUAUCUACAAGGCUCUGUGGCCAUUCGAGGCUCGGGCACAAGAGGAGAUCUCUUUCGCAGAAAAUGACUUAUUCCGGGUGACGGAGCGUGCAGGAGACUGGUGGAAAGCGGAGAAGCUUGCCGACGGGGUUGUCGUAGGCAGCGGCGUUGUGCCCUACAACUACCUUGUCAAGGUGGAGACACUUGACGCUCAGCCGUGGUAUUUCGGAAAGCUGAGUCGAUUUGAAUCCCAGAAACUCCUCCUCACAUCUGGGAAUCCUGAAGGCACAUUCCUGGUGCGCCUCAGCGAAAAGGAUGACGUGGGAUAUGUCUUAUCUGUGAGGAGUGAUGGUGGUCAGGUGAAGCAUUUCAAGAUCCAGGAGGAGAAAAUGGAGGCAAAGGAGAGAGGAGAGGAGGGUGGAGAGAAAGGAGAGGAGGAGGAGGCAAGCUGUUUCUAUGUGGAUAGGGUCCAGCUGUUUCCCUCCAUUGAGGCCCUGGUCAAGUAUUACAGGGGCCACCACUUGGCUAUCAUCGGGACCCUCACGGAGCCCUGUAUCCGGAGGUGUCCUGAGCUACAGGAUCUGUCCCAUAUGACUGUGGAUGAGUGGGAGCUUCCAAAGAGCGAGUUCACCCUGGAGCAGCAGCUGGGAUCAGGCUACUUCUCAGAGGUCUACAGGGGCCGAUGGAAGGACAUGGUCAAUGUAGCCGUCAAAAUACUAAAGAAUAAUGGUUGUCUGGACCACCGUGAGUUCCAGCAGGAGACUCAGAUCCUGAAGAGGCUGCGGCAUCGUCACCUCAUCUCGCUCUUCGCCAUCUGCACCGAGACAGCCCCCUAUUACAUCAUCACCGAACUGAUGGAGAAGGGAGACCUGCUGUCACUACUUAGAGGUCCAGAGGGCCAGGCGAUGGCCAUGAGCUCCCUGAUGGACAUGGCUAUGCAGGUAGCGGACGCCAUGGCCUACCUGGAGUCUGAGAAGAGCAUCCACAGAGACCUGGCGGCCCGCAACGUCCUGGUGGGGGUGGACAACAUCUGCAAGGUGGCCGACUUCGGUCUGGCUCGCGUCAUCAAGGAGCCGUUCUACGUGUCGGACGAUAAGAAGAUCCCCUAUAAGUGGAGUGCCCCGGAGGCCAUCAGCCACGGCCGAUUCUCCAGCAAGUCAGACGUCUGGUCCUUUGGAGUGCUGCUCUACGAGAUCUUCACCUACGGAGGAACACCAUACCCAACGUACACCAACUACCAGGUGUUCCAGCGCAUCUCCCAGGGUUACCGCAUGCCGUGCCCCAGCACCUGCCCCAGGCCCCUGCAUGACAUCAUGCUGCGGUGCUGGAGCCAGUCUCCAGAGGACAGGCCCUGCUUUGAGGACCUCCAGGACCUGCUGCAGCACUCAGAGCACUACAAAGAGUGGAGCCCCGACAGCUGCACCGAUGACCCAGAGACACCAGGGGGCGGCAGCGAGCUGUAGUUGUGAGAGCCGUUAAUAAAGACUCUGGUAGUUGCUAUGGACGAAUGAGGGGCUGGGGCAUCUCUCAUGCACCGUAGACAUUGAUUAUACAGUAUAAGACCAACUCUGAUGGGCAACCUGGCUUCAGCAAGCCACAAUCCAGUGCCACAUAUCCCAAAUGACCUGGUUUUACCUUCCCUCUUAUGGCAGCUGGACAGGUAAAAACAGGUCUUUUGGAAUAUGUGGCACUGGUAGGUUUUGAAUCCAUGUUUGCCCAUCACUGCCCAUCACAAUACAAUAUGCACUAGCCACUGAACGGACAUUUUUAAUGCCUUACGUACUAAAUGGACAUGGAACCAUGCAAUACUCAGGAACAUGCAACAGCCACUGGAUGAACACAGAUGAUGGCAUACUCACAGAGAUAGUGUUAAGUGCUUAAAUAAGCUGUGAUUGUAGUAGUAGCACACACUCAAACGCAGGCACACACACACACACACACACUCACAAACUUCAAACAUCAGGUAUGAAGGAGGUUACAAGAGACUGCAGGGUUAUGGCUUUAGACUGAGCCUUUUGACAUUAGCCUUAAUGUGAAGUAGCUGCUGUUUGAUUUGACAAUGUUACUUGACUAAUUGUGUAAAUGAAUUACAGUGUAUUGAUGAGCUCUCUCAGCGAUAUAGUCUUUGUGUAUUCUUUAGAAUUCCUAUUUGUUAUUGUUAGUUAUGACAGAAGAUGCUCUUUAAUGUAAGGUGGUCGAGGGGUAUCAAUCGGAAUUCAAAUAAAAAAACAACUGCAAGUAAUGAAAGCAAUGCAAAGUAAUGAAAGCAACUUAAAUUAUAGAAAAAACUACUUCAAGAAGAAAAAACGACACAAAUAAAAAAAGAUACAGACAAAAACGCAAUGAGUUUGAGUAUGCAAUACAUUUGAUGAAUAAAUAAUGUUUAAGAUAUCCCGCUGAAGAUAACUAGAAUAAGUGUGAAGUUCUAGAUUAAACGUGUUCACUUCACGUUCAGAGUUUAAACGAACUACUAGCUGGAUACUGGAUUGAUAACAGUUUUCUUGAUUUGGCCACAAACCUCAAGCAAGGACACGCUCAUGGCAUCAUCAGUGAUGUCUUCAAUUUUGGGUGCAUUACCAGUUGAUCUUCCUGUGAGGUGGUCGUACAGUAUUUCAGACAGGUAUCGAGGGCCUGGACCUCCAUGGACGAUUGAUGUUGCUAUCAUUCUCCCAACAUGAAAAUAUUCAUCGUCUCUGGCAGCUGUUGAAUUUGAAUCAUCCAUUACUUCCACUAUUGCAAUCUUUUCUUGAGUUCACAUCAAUUUCACUGAACUCAGGUGCAGCACCAACAUCUGAUGUCAAAUUACCUGUGAGAAUGUGUUGUAUACAAUGUGCUUAAUGUAACUAUGAAACAAUAAGAUGUCCACCUGUUGUAUUUUUAUUUGAAUUCCAAUUGAUACCUCUCGGCCACCGUAUUAAUGUGACUCCUAAGACAAAACAAGCCAGUGCAAAAAUCCUUUGCUCAGUUCAGAAGACAGUAAUUGAUAUGUAUACCAGACCACCAACUCUCUAUUAGGAAUGUGUCUUCAACACUAAGAUAAUAGGACUACCACUACUAGCACAACUUCAUGAAUGUUCAUUUUGACUCUGUAAGUGUUGAAUGAAUUGACACCGCAAGAUGUACUGUGUAGAAGUGAUGGACAGUGACAACUUGAACCAGGAAUA